UGAGCGCAACCGCAAGUCACGUGAUCACGUCAAGUUUUUUUUUCUCUUCCUUCUUUGUCGUAGCAUCGUUCUCCCAUCAUGGAUCCUCCAGCAGGCGGAAAUGUACAAGUCGCCGGAGGAGGAGGCGCUGCUCCGCCAGCUCCAGCUGGUCCCCAACUUGGCCAGGCGGGGGCAGGUCCAGUUGGGGGUCCUGUUCCAGGCCCGGGACAGGCGCUUGCUGCAGCGAACAACAACAAUCAACCGAUUAACAUCAAUUUACAAGUCGCUGACUUAGCCAAUCAGAUGGUGCGC